AUGGCCACGGGAGCUGCCGGGCUCGGCCAGCUGCGCCGGCUGGAGCUCCCCUUCAACCGGCUCGGCAGCCAAGGCUGCGCCGCUCUGGCGGGCGCGUUCAAGGCCGGGAACGGUGGGUCGCUCGAGUUUGUGCAUCUCAGCGACAACGCGAUUGGCGACGAAGGGCUGGAUGCCCUCGGCCUCGCCUUUCGGGAGGAGGGCGUGCUCUCCAACCUGCGGCGCCUCUCGCUCAACGACUGUGGGCUCACCGACGGCGGCGUCGAGAGGCUGGCGGCGAACUUGCUGCCCCGCGUCGUGCUGCCCCUCGUCGCCGUCGUCGGGCCGCACGCGCGUUGGACGCCUCUGCCCACCCUGUGGGACCUCGAGCUCUCGAACGACGCCGUGGGCCACCGCGGCUUGUGGGCGCUCUCACGCGCGCACAUCCGAGAGGCGCUGCCCGAAAUCAUGGACGUCACCGGCGGUGGCAGGUGGCUCUUUGCUCCCCACGAUGUGGAUGCCGAGCCCUUCGAAGUAGCGAGUUGA